ACGGUCCAUCUGCUCUGCUCUGUCUCUCGCUCCCUCCCUCCCCCCACCCGCUUUCUCACUCCUCCUCCGCCCCCCCCCCACCCCCCAACGCUCCGAAUCUUCGCCGGCCGUCGCUACGGAAACCAGCCGAUACCCAGUAAAUGGGCACCGUGCAAAAGCAAUGCAGCCGGGUAACAAAGAAGCCCUCCCUCCAUGGGGUUCUGCAGAAACAUCUCAAAUCCUUUUGCUCUCUGUGCAUAUAUUGGAGGAGACGCGUCUCGCCACAUAGCUAGGAUCCACAGCAAUUUAACACAGCAACCACAAAAAGUGCAGAUGGAGGGUAUUUUUUCCAGUUUUCUGGUGAAGAAAAUCAACAGCCUCCUCCAAAGUGCAUUUCACAAACGCCUGGAUGUUACUGGAUUUGUCUAGAUUACGUUUCUGUUUGGGACUUUCCCAUUUACACAAAGGGGUUGGCUUCCUUCAACCAUCAGUGCCGAUAGCCUGGCCAGCGUCUUUUCCCUUAAGGGCGAUAAGAUAUGUUUGCUGGCACGAUGCACUUCUGCAACAAACUAUUUACAUCAGCUCUGGGGAAGUAUAACUUGGUGAUUGAAUAAGGCAUCAAACCGAAGCAGUCUGUAUAAAACCAAAUCGUUACAGACGCUUUUCAGCUUGGUUUCGAAAAGAAAGAUAAUGAUUAAACCAAAGAAAUCGAGGCUGGUACUAAGCGUUUUCCAGGAUGCGAUCCGUUUUCCUUGAAAUGCAGGAGGGAAGUUGUAUUUGAAAUGAAGCACAAGGGAGAAUAAGAGCUUGAUCUAAAAAACAAAUGCCCCUUCGUGUGUUUUGCCCCCAAGAAACGAAAUAUUCCCUUGACUGAUUCUCCUCUUGCUACAGAUAAAGAAUUGUUCAUAUUAGGGUUAUUGAAAUGCAGCGAACAUACAAAGAUCAUCCGAUUCUGCAGCACAAUGCGAUCUUUGGGGUCAGAGAGGUGGGCGGUUUGGACGGGUGUCUUGAAAUCCUGAACCCUUGAUUAUUUUAAUGGCUGUAACAUUCUUGUUUAUAAACAAAUUGGGCAUUUUGAGAUUUGAUCUUUUUUUGAAAAAGUAAUUCCGUCAGUUUUCCUCAUCACUGCUCUUUAAACAGAGGUUUAGGUCGCCUUUCCCAGCAGUAUAAUUUAUCCAUUUCAACUGGAAAAAAACAAAACACCAUGUAGACCUAGGCUGCCAGACAUGCCAAAGGCCACUCCCACCCCCCAAAAGAGAUUCAGAUCGCUGGUAUUUCACGCAAGUCAUUGCUGUUACUCAGGUACUUAGCGGCAGUAUUAUUUCGAGCGAAUUAGUCUCAAAUUACAUCUUAUUUGAGAGUCUGAAUGUAAAUGUAUAUUUAGGGUUCACAUUUGGGAAAAGCACAAAUAGAUCUCUGAUAACGUCGCUUCAUCCAUUAAUUUAAUGCAUCAAAAAUCUAAGUGGUCGCCGCCUCAGAAAACAGGUUUUAAAAAUACAAAUCAAGGAUAAUCAGACAGCAGCAUGUAAUCAGACCCGUAGGCUAAUUUCAGAAUAUUUUAUUUCAAACCGAUAUUGCUAGGGGGAGGGGUUUGAUUCUGCUUUUUCGGCGGCGGCCGCGGCUGCUUUUAGCAUUUUCAACAUCUGGCCUACAGACCUACUAAUUUCAACUCGUGAUCUCCUUUGGCAAAACUCGAACUCGAUCUACGUGAUUUAAAUACCUUCCAAAUUGGGGCGAUAGAACAAUUGCAAGCAAUUAAAUCAAAAACUCAAACCUCGCACACUAUCUGUUGAUCUUCUACAGCAGAGGGUGGAGGGGGGCGAGUGGAGUAGGGGUAAGAGGAUGAAAUCACAAACACACAAGUCAAACCAUUGUCUCUAAUUUAACACAGAAGCAAAUGGGGGAAAGAGAGACACACAAACGGAGCCACUGCAAGUCAAAGGAAAUCCCCUUGCAGGGUUAAUUCACCUCCGAAAAGAAAGGGCAAUAAACCCAUGCAUCAUCAUUUUUAAGUGAAGAAAAAAAGAGUGCAUGCAUUUUUUCAUUACUUUAUUUAUUUUUGGGGUAUUAAUUAUCAGUCAAAGGCUGAUUUCAAAUUAUUGCAAUCGCGGCUCCAUUGUUCACUCCAAUUGGAAGCCCCGCCCCCUCCUUUGUCUGGCGGCGCCGUGAUUGGUCGGCGACGGGCCGGGGGUUGCCGUCAGCGCUCGGAAAGCCCAUUCAUCUGUGCACUUGGGCGUUGGACUCCGCAUCUUAUUAGCAACCAGGGAGAUUUCUCCAUUUUCCCCUUGUCUACAGUACGGCUACAAAUCUGGGAUUUUUUUUAUUACUUCUUUUUACUAAACUUGGGCUCUUUUUUUUUUUUGCUCGACUUUUUUCCUCCUUUUUCCCCCCCUUCCUCCUGUGCUGCUGCUUUUUGAUCUCUUCGACUUAAAUUUUUAAAAGGAGUGCAUAUAAAUCGGUUCUGUUCUCUCUUCUCUUUUUCCCCCCCUCUGGUGUGCGUGUGUGUGUGUGUUGCUGCUCGCCCAGUAUUUAUACCAAUCCAACGCUCUUUGUUUCCCCUCCUUUUGGAUCUCUUGAGUUUCUUUGUUGAAUAAGACAGCAUGGGUGCCCAGUUCUCCAAGACCGCUGCAAAAGGCGAAGCCGCUGCUGAGAAACCUGGGGAAGCAGUGGCUGCAUCUCCUUCCAAGGCGAAUGGACAGGAAAAUGGGCAUGUAAAGGUGAAUGGUGAUGCCUCUCCAGCAGCUGCUGAGGCAGGCAAGGAGGAGGUCCAGGCAAAUGGCAGUGCACCCGCUGAAGAGACAGCGAAGGAAGAGCAAGCCUCUUCUGAGCCUGCCUCUGAGAAGGAGGGAACAGAAGCCGAGAGUACUGAGCCAGCCUCGCUUGCUGAGGGAGAGCCCUCCUCGAAGGCAGAGGAGGGAGCUACCCCGUCUUCCAGCAAUGAGACCCCGAAAAAAAAAAAGAAGCGCUUUUCCUUCAAAAAGUCCUUUAAGCUAAGUGGCUUCUCCUUUAAAAAGAACAAAAAGGAGGCUGGGGAAGGAGCAGAGAACGAAGGUGCAGCUUCCUCUGCAGAGGGAGGGAAAGAUGAAGCAGCUACUUCCCCAGAAGCUACAAGCAAUGAGGAGGGCAAACCUGCCCAAGAGGAGUCCUGCGCUGCUGCAGCUAGUGGCACAGAGGAAACAAAGGAGGAGACUGGUGACUCUCAGGAAGCAAAAUCAGAAGAGACCGCACCGGAGAAGCCUGCAGGAGAAGAGGCCAACCCUGUUGAAGAGCAAAAGCCUGAGGAUAAACCAGAAGAGGCACCAGGUGCCUCUGCCCCUGCCCCUAGUGCUACAACUGAGGCCACCUCAACUGAACAAGAGGCACCCAAAGUAGAAGAGGCAGCACUUCCUACACAGGAAACCCCAUCUGAGUCUAGUCCAGAAGCCCCACCAGCUGAAUUGGCAGAGUAAACAUGGCAAUUUUGAGAUAAUCCAAGAACUUUUCUCCCCCUGUUUGUUUGUUGGAGUGGUGCCAGGUACUGGUUUUGGAGAACUUGUCUACAACCAGGGAUUGAUUUAAAAGAUGUCUUUCUCUUUUUUUUCUCUCCCCACAGAUCCCAUCUCAAAUAAUUCUGUUACCACCAUUCCAACAGGUAGAGGGGAGACUAAACACCUCCCUCUGCCUUGUUCCUUUUUUUUUUUUUUUUUGCAUCAGUAUUAAUGUUUUUGCAUACUUUGCAUCUUUUAUUCAAAAUGUAAACUUUCUUUGUCAAUCUAUGGACAUGCCCAUAUAUGAAGGAGAUGGGUGGGGUCAAUAAGGGAUAUCAAAUGAAGUGAUAGGGGCCACAAUGAGGAAUUAGUGAUGCACAUAAUUGCCAAGAGAAUGUGCCACAAGAAACGAUGUAAGGGGUUAGUCUUUUUUAAAAGAAAGUUAUUACAAUGUAUUUUGUGAGGCAGAUGUUCUAUAAGGUUUACAACACUACAAGUCUUGACUAAGAAGGAAAGGAAAAAAUCAAUACCCAGAAAAAAAAAAGAUCAUAGUCUUAGGAAUUCAUUUAAACCAUAGGAACUUUUCACUUAUCUCAUGUUAGCUGUACCAGUCAGUGAUUAAGUAGAAAUACAAGUUGUAUAGGCUUUAUUGUUUAUUGCUGGUUUAUGACCUUAAUAAAGUGUAAUUAUGUAUUACCAGCAGGGUGUUUUUAACUGUGACUAUUGUAUAAAAACAAAUCUUGAUAUCCAGAAGCACAUGAAGUUUGCAACUCUUUCCACCCUGCCCAUUUUUGUAAAACUGCAGUCAUCCUGGACCUUUUAAACACAAAUUUUAAACUCAAUCAAGCUGUGAUAAGUGGAAUGGUUACUGUUUAUACUGUGGUAUGUUUUUGAUUACAGCAGACAAUGCUUUCUUUUCCAGUUGUCUUUGAAAAUAAAGGAAAAUUCUUCAGAUGCAAUGGUUUUUGUGUAGCAUCUUGUCUAUCAUGUUUUUGUAAAUACUGGAGAAGCUUUGACCAAUUUGACUUAGAGAUGGAAUGUAACUUUGCUUACAAAAAUUGCUAUUAAACUCCUGCUUAAGGUGUUCUAAUUUUCUGUGAGCACACUAAAAGCGAAAAAUAAAUGUGAAUAAAAUGUA